CAUCUGUUUUGUGUGUGUUGCAGAUUUCCACGAUGCCUUUCACCGUUUGGUUCAACCUGCUUUUGCUGUUUCCUGGCAUCAGUACAUCGAAGACCUGUUUCCCAGGAUGCCAUUGCGAAGUGGAGAGUUUCGGUCUCUUCGACAGCUUCAGCCUAACCAAGGUGGACUGCAGCGGCAUUGGGCCCCAUAUCGUACCCGUUCCUCUCCCCUUGGACACCACCUCCUUGGAUUUAUCGUCGAACAAACUGGAAUCUAUCAAUGAGUCCCUGCUGGCAGGACCCGGCUACACCACGUUGGUCAGCCUCGACUUGAGCAAUAACCGGAUCUCCCGGAUCACGUCGACCACGUUCUCUCGACUCAGGUAUCUCGAAUCUUUGGACCUGAGUCACAAUUCGUUGGUCACCCUUCCGGACGAGUGCUUCUCAAAGUCACCUCUGGGGGACGUCGACUUGAGUAACAACCUCCUCCUGGAAAUAUCGAUGAAUGUCUUUGCGUCCAAAGGUCAAGGGAAACCGAUUAACGUGGAUCUCUCGAACAACUUAAUAAGCGCAGUUUUAAGGCACCAGGACAAAGCUGUUCCCAACAUUCAGAGCUUGAGUCUGUCUGGAAACCGUCUCCGGAACAUUCCAAACCUUCAAGGGAUACCCCUCCGGUACUUAAACCUUGAUGGAAACCCCAUGUCGACAAUUGAGAAGGACGCGUUCUCAGGCCUGAAAGAUUUAAUCCAUUUGUCCCUCAGUGGUCUUCACGAUCUAUCGCUGAUCUCCCCGUACAGCUUCAAAGACCUCCCUGCCCUCCAAGUCCUUGAUCUGUCCAACAACCCUACCCUUAAGUCCUUGGAGGCGGAGGUUUUCCACAGCUUAAACUCUUUGCAAGAACUCAACCUGUCCGGCACGGGCGUAGCCGCUUCCUUGUCGAAAGCCAUGUUGAAAUACCUGCCUUCCAUCAAGAGCAUUACUUUGGGGAAGAACGUCAAGUGCCUUAAGACGAUCCGGGAAGGCCAGUACCACAGGCAGGCGGGGCUGACCAAGAAAGAGAUCCUCAGUUGUCACGACAGCCAAGGGUCCGUCGCCAUAGCGCCCUACACGUUGUGACAGGGGCCGAGAAGAAUGUACAGAUACCCGGACUAGAACACACAUGCUCUCGUAACAAAAAAAAAAAUCCAAUGUGCCUUCUGUAAAAAAAAAAUUGUUAAUUUAUAUAUAUAUAUUUUGUAUAUUCCAAUCCUUGAUUACAGUGAUCAAUGAAGA